AUGCCAGCAGCCGUACAUCCCAGAAGAGAUUCAGCAGAGUCCAUCAACACCGAUAUCAUCACCUUGUCGCGAUUCAUACUUGAAAGCCAACGCUACGGCGCCAAGAAUGCGACGGGAGAGUUCUCGCUGUUGCUGAACUCUCUACAAUUUGCGUUCAAAUUCAUCUCGCAAACGAUUAGACGUGCAGAACUGGUCAAUCUGAUUGGCUUGGCGGGCGCCUCCAACGCCACGGGCGACCAGCAGAAAAAACUGGACGUUCUAGGGGACGAGAUAUUCAUCAAUGCCAUGCGUGCUAGUGGCAAUGUCAAAGUGCUCGUUUCCGAAGAACAAGAAGAGCUGCUGGUAUUCAGAAACAACCCCGCCACAUACGCGGUGUGUUGUGACCCGAUUGAUGGUUCUUCCAAUCUGGACGCGGGAGUCUCUGUGGGAACCAUCGUCUCGCUGUUCAAGAUCCUCCCUGACUCUCAGGGGUCGACAUCCGACGUUUUGCGCUGCGGACGUGAAAUGGUCGCGGCUUGCUAUGCCAUGUACGGUGCCUCCACUCAUUUGAUGCUGACUACGGGCAGCGGUGUUAACGGGUUCACUCUGGACACCAACUUGGGCGAGUUCAUUCUCACGUAUCCUGAACUGAGAAUGCCAUUAGAGCAUCCCAUUUACUCUGUGAACGAAGGAAACUCUGUCUACUGGGAAAACUCUAUUCAGCAGUUUUUCGAGGAACUGAAGGCCCCCCAGCCAGAUCUGCAAAACAAGCCUUAUUCUUCUCGUUAUAUUGGCUCCAUGGUGGCCGAUGUCCACCGGACCCUUCUGUACGGAGGCCUGUUUGCUUAUCCCUGCGAUAGGAAGAACCGAGACGGCAAGUUGAGACUGCUAUACGAGGCAUUUCCUAUGGCCUUUUUGGUUGAACAGGCUGGUGGCAAGGCCGUGAACGAUCGAGGAGAACGCAUCUUAGACCUGACCCCAGAUCAUAUUCAUGCCAAGAGCAGCAUAUGGUUAGGAAGCAGCCACGACGUGGAUAAGUACCUCAAGCACAUAGCUCAGUAG